UUUACCCCCUGCGAGCUGACGUCCGCCAUUUUGUUUGUUGUCGUCUUCUCAUUUCCUCCAAACUUACGCGAUUUUUACGUGAUUCCAGAAGUCGUGAGACUGCUAACCACCAUAGACGUACAGAAAUGGAAGAUUCCAGUCUUGAACGUUUCUGCGGAGACCAGUGUGCUGGAGACCCUGGGAAGGAGAGUAAGCCCACAGAACACCCUGGGAAGGAGAGUAAGUCCACAGAACACCCUGGGAAGGAGAGUGACAGCAGGGAGACCCAGACAACAGACAUGGGCCUGCAGCAGGAAACGUGUGAUGUGAACUUUCCCCAACCUGACAACACAUCAACCUCACAGGUACAGGAGAGCAAAGGUGAUAUGGGAAGUCGUGUGGUUAAACACACUGCUGAAAAACCCUUCAUGUGUGGGGAGUGUGGGUACAGGACAGUUCAAAUGUCGGACUUAACCAAACACAUGAUAAUCCACACAGGAGAAAGGCCAUACAAGUGUGAUCAGUGUGACUUUUCUGCUGCACAGAAAGUCCAUAUAGACAGACAUACAGCAAUGCACACUGGUGAUAAUGAUAAACCCUACAUAUGUGCGGAGUGUGGGUACAGGGCAACUCAUAAGUGUACCUUAGCCUAUCACAUGAGAACCCACACAGGAGAAAAACCCUACAAGUGUGACCAAUGUGACUUUUCUACAUCACAUAAAAGCAAUUUAGACCGGCAUAUAGCAGCAAAGCACACUGGUGAGAAACCCUACAUGUGUGGGGAGUGUGGGUACAGGACUGCUUACAGGUCUGACUUAUCCCGACAUAUGAGAACCCAUUCAGGGGAAAAGCCCUACAAGUGUGACCAGUGUGACUAUUCUGCUGCACGGAGAUCCGCUUUGGAAGAACAUAAAGCAAAACACACCGGUGAGAAACCCUUCAUGUGUGGGGAAUGUGGGUACAGGGCGGCUCGAAAGUCUCACUUAUCCCAACACAUGAGAAGUCACACAGGAGAAAAACCCUACAGGUGUGACCACUGCGACUAUUCAGCUGCAGAUAAAUCUGCUUUAGACAAACAUCUAGUAAAACACACCGGUGAGAAACCCUUCAUGUGUGGGGAGUGUGGGUUCAGGACGACUCAGAAAUCUCACUUAUCCCGACACAUGAGAACCCACACAGGAGAGAAACCCUACAGGUGUGACCAGUGUGACUAUUCUGCAGCAGAAAAAUACACUUUAGACCAGCACCAAAGAAAACACACCGGUGAGAAACCCUACAUUUGUGACGAGUGUGGGUACAGGGCAGCUGACAGGUCUACCUUAUCCCGACACAUGAAAACCCACACAGGGGAAAGACCUUACCUCUGCGAUCAGUGUGACUAUUCCACAGCACAUAAACAAUAUUUGAUCGACCAUCAAUCAAGACAUACCGGUGAGAAGCCCUACAUGUGUGGGGAGUGUGGGUUCAGGGCGGCUCAAAGAUCUACCUUAUACCGACACAUGAAAACACAUACAGGAGAAAAAUACUGAAAAUUUGACCAGUGUGACUAUUUUGAUGCAAAGGAAUUCUCCUUAGACCUUACACCGACAUGUAAGAAACCACACCAGUAAGGAGACCUAGGUGUGUGGAGUGUGUUGGAACAGUACAACUGAAAAAUGUCUUUAAAAAAAAAACAAGCAUAUAUGAACCCACAGAAGUCAUUCAACUGUUAUCAGUGUUACUACCUAGUAAACAGGAAGACUGGUAUGCGACGAGGAUGAGUGAGUUAUUUGACUACUUUUCAUAGUGAGUGUGUGAGUAGAGUACUUUUCAUAUGUUUACUAAAGAAAUAAGAAACAAACUGAAUCCACAAAUGUGACAAAUGUACAGCCUACAGCUUUACCUACCUACAUAGUCCCUUGACCUCCAGGCCAUGGAGAGAUUUGAGAGGGUGGUGAGGGGGUAACCAGCUUGCUUUUUUUUUCAUUUUGAAGCUUAUAUAGGCAACAGAUGUAGAGCAUGCAACUUUGUCCUCUUGAAACGUGAAAAGCUGUAGGGUGGAAGACCCCUUCUUUGGUGUUAAUUGUUGUCUUAAUCAGUAUCUGGGCCCGAGAACUACUCCGUGUUAAGGAAUUAUACAUGAGAGGCAGACAUGUCCCAGUGAGCUUGCGAAGAUUAUAGCAUAUGUGCCGGACCGGACCGAUGUAGGUUUCGUAUGUACAGUAUAGUUCAGUACUUUGGCAUUUAUUACUCUUUUUAAUUUUACAUGUUCUUUAUAAAUGUUGGUAAUCAUAGGAGUAUAGAAUCUUAACAUGUUUUAAAAUCAUUAUAUUUACCUGCUUUAGAUAAGUCUUUUCGAUUUGAUAACCUCUCGCUUGUAAUAAUCAGCAGAUUGUGUGUAGUGUACAUAUGGGAGUAUUGACUUAAACAGUAGCAGUCUGUUCACAAGUAUUCUAAAUUUUGCUUAUAGCCAUAUAUAUCCUAUCAAAAUAUUUGAAAACGUAGCGUAACGUUUUAGAGACCUUUUACAAUAAAAUGAUUGAAGGUAAAAC